GCCAGAUUGGUUUGGUCACCGACCUGAGCGUCUGAAACAGUUUUGGAAGUGGUUUGAAGAAAGAGGUGUUGUUGUUGAAGGGUUAUAUCAGGAAAUAUGGAAAGAUUGUGGGCUAGAGGGGGGCCCACAAGCUCUUGUUGAUGUCUUCUUCAUUUGAUCUUGCUACCGAAAUAAAUGAAUGUCCAGAUGACAUGAUGUCUAGCAGAGGCAAAAAGUAUUUCAUGCCUUGCAUGUUGAAAGUAAAGCCUAAAUCAGAAUCAACAGAAAAUUCAGAGCCACCACAAGUCAAGCCUAUACUCGAAGCAGCUACUCUAUAUAUGUGUUUUAGUACAGGUUAUGUCCCGCCUGGUUUUUUUGUCCGAUUAGUUGCACACAUGUCUAACCAGGAAGGUUACACACCACUUUUAGAUAGAGAGGUGUAUCGAAAUAGUAUUUUGUUUAUGUGCAGAGAUAUUGACCGAAUAAUUGUGUCCGAAUCACUGGAAAGCAUAUCUGUGAGGUUUUUUCGAGUGGCAGAGCGAAAUAGACACAAUACUAGAUUUGCUGAGUCGUGCAUUUUGCUACAGAGGGAGCUGGUUAGCAUGUGCAAGAUUGUACGUGACUGGAUGCCGUGUGUUACAUUCAACUUGGCAUUUCCAUGCACAUGUUCACAAAGUGCUCCCAGGCACUUCGUAGCAUUGAAGCCUGGUGUUUCUUGCGAGUCCAAUCUGUUUGUAGCUCUCGACAUAAAGAUAUGAACUGUCUCCUCAGCAAAGGUUCUGGCUACCAUUUCCAAGUGAACUUCCAGUGCAUUCUCCUGUUGAGGACGGUUCUCUGACUGAAACUGAAAUGAAGCUUGUGGCCAAGGAGAUAGAAAAUGGUUUAUCCAAUGUUGUUGAAGAAAUGGAGAUGCAAUAUACACUCAAAAAAGUGUCAAGUGCCCCGAGUAGGAGCAGGGAGCCAGCAUAUGCUGUCAUCUCCGAUUUUGUUGAGGGUGAAGGUGGUACUCGUUAUGAACUUGCUCAACUGUUAGAUAAUGCCGGCUUUGAUGAGCUAUCAAGGAAACUACUUAAAGGCCAGUUAAUUCAAGGCAGUCCACAAGGUGCUGAUGUAAGUUUUCAGCCCUUUAAAGAUACUCCCACUCUACCACAACUAAUGGACUUUCCAAUGGUAAAUGGUAGAAAAAUUAACAUUCUUACAAAAAUUGGUGUUCACUACAAUGUUUUUGGACCAUUCCUGCUAAAUGAUGAUGAUGGAUCUGCAACAGAUGCCCUGCAGAAGGAGUGUAUGAGAGAAUCGCAUGCAAUCAACCUCGAAAUUUCGAAAAAGUGGUUGCAAGGUAAAGGGCAAUUGCCAAUAACAUGGGCCACCUUUCUCAGUGUAUUGAAAAUGAUGGAUAUGAAAGCCCUUGCCUUUGAUAUUGAGGCAUCUCUCCGGGGUAAGUCGUCCCCUCAGGGGCGACACUAA